AUGAGUGGACGCGUGCCUCCAGCUAUCGAUGGACUCGUCUCGUUGAAGGUGGACAACAUCUCGUACAAUACAACACAAAACGAUUUGCGUCGUCUCUUCGAUCGAUAUGGGGAAAUCGGUGAUGUGCACAUUCCACGCGACAAAUACACACGACAAAGCAAGGGUUUCGGAUUUGUUCGUUUCCACAGUAAACGUGACGCGGAACACGCGUUGGAUCGCACAGAUGGAAAGUAUAUUGAUGGUCGAGAGAUUCGAGUUUCAAUAGCUCGCUACGAGCGUCCGAUUGAUGAUCGUCAACGCGGAAGUCGACGAUCUCGUUCUAGGUCUCCACCUCGUCGAUCCCGUAGUCGGAGUCCACCAAGUCGCUCCCGUUCACGUUCGAGGUCUCGCAGUCGUUCACCUCGACGUCGCAGUGAUUCACGUUCGCAAUCUCCACGUAAUGAUGCGAGAGAUCGUUCCCGUUCACAAUCUCACUCGCGAAGUCGUUCCGGCUCCAAA